AUGGCCACGAUAGCAGCAAAUUACAUAGGGAAUCUAGGUGUCAGGCGUAAUACGAUAUUCUGGUUAGUGAAUCUGAGCUCUUUGAUCAAAUGGCGUGAUCUCCCACAUCUUCCUCUUCCGCUGGCCUUAUCUUACUCUUUAGCUGUCUGUUUUGAUCUGUUACCCCUAUUUGCCUGGAGUAUGUAUUUUACGACAAGGUGGGACAUUUUAAUUUUGUUACUUUUUCAAUUGACUUUCCUGAAGGUAAUGGUAACUGGUUGCCUCGAAAUUACUAUGAGCUCCUCUAGAAGCGCACCACUAUCAAGAUGGCGAUCAUUUAAAAAUGGCCAAUUCGUUUUUUACAUGAUGGAUUUCGUUCCGACAUUGAUAGUGUUUGUCUCUACUAUGUGUUUAUGCGACCUAUGCGAAGUGAAUCGGGCAUCAACAUGGUCGAAUUUCUCACGAAAGAUUACCUUGAUCCUACCAUAUGUUUGGCCAAAGAAAAGCGGGUUCCUGCUAACAGUUGGCGAGUACUCUCUGUUUGUUCCUUCUGCUAUUCGGACGUCUCAUCAAUUGGAUGGACUUGCGCAGCCGGAAACAUUUCACUACUCUCUUAUCUAUAUUUCUGCACUUUUAAAAUUCCUCCAGGGCAAUGGAGCCAUGGGUGGUUUCCUGAACACUAUGCGCUCCUAUUUAUGGAUUCCUAUACAGCAGUACACGACUAGGGAAUUGGAGGUGGAGCUGUUCGCACAUCUGCACUCUCUUUCUCUCCGAUGGCAUCUUUCUCGGAAAACCGGUCUUGUUCUUCGAGUCAUGGACAGAGGUACCAGCUCAGUGAACAGCAUUCUGAACUAUAUAUUGUUCAACAUCGUGCCAACAAUCGCGGAUAUUGUAAUAGCUGUGGUUUUUUUCUUCUCGACAUUCAAUUUCUAUUUCGGUGGAAUAGUACUGGUGACGAUGAUUCUAUACCUCACUAUGACAAUAUAUGUAACGGAAUGGCGUACGAAAUUCCGUCGGGACAUGAAUGAAAAGGAGAAUGCCAGCAGUGCCAUCGCAACGGAUUCGUUGUUGAACUACGAGACGGUAAAAUACUACGGCAAUGAAGUAUAUGAAGUGGAUCGUUUCCGAGUCGCCAUCGAAAACUUUCAGUUGGCAGAAUGGCGAUCUAAUGCAUCAUUGGCAUUGCUGAACUUCCUACAGAACGGCACAAUUGGUCUCGGAAUGACAGCCGGUUCUGUACUUGUCGCUUAUUUGGUCACCGUUGACCACGAAUUGACAGUAGGAGAUUACGUUUUAUUCACUACAUACAUUCUUCAAUUGUAUUCUCCACUGAACUUUUUUGGGACAGUGUACAGGACAAUUCAAAAGUCUUUCAUUGAUAUGGAGAAUAUGUUUGAUUUAAUGAACGAAGAAGUCGAUGUACGAGAUAGUCCAAAUGCAGUUGAAUACCAUCCGACUAGUGGACAGAUUAUGGUGAAGGGGCUCACAUUUGCCUACAACGAAAACAGAGUUGUACUGAACGACAUCUCGUUCGAAGUGGGCAGUGGACAGUCUAUCGCAUUCGUGAGUUCUCCUAUCUGA